AUGCACCCGCCGUCCCUCCAACUUUUGCGUGCUUUGCGCACGUCGAUAACGAGCGAUUUCCGUCAAUUCCAUCCUCGGUUGCCUUCUUCAUUUCGCCCAGUGUCACCAUGUCGCAAAUAUAGUAGUGCCACUCACAGGCCUUCUCAAAUAGCCCCUCGCCGUCAACCGUCAAAGCCCCAAUCGCAUGACCGCGGCCCAAGGUCGGAGGAAAAGACCCAGACUGAUUUCACGGAGCUGAAUGUUUUGGGAAACCUGCCCACUCCGGCAACUGCAGUUGAUGCGUGCUUGGACGAUGGGUUUCACUUGGAUAACGGCGUCAAGAUUACUAGUGGUGAUGGAGUAUUACUUGUAGCUGGCGAGGCUUUUGCCUGGAGACCCUGGCAAUUGCUGAAACAGAAUGCGCAGGAUAUUACUGGCGGUCAUGCGAAGACAUCCAUGGUAAAUGGGAAGGGACAGUUUGAGAUACCGGAAGAAGCGUGGGGACUCUUGAGUGUGGUUUGGCCUCGACCUGACAUCCUCAUUUUGGGCCUGGGAUCUGGUAUCAUUCCCUUAUCGCCUCAGACCAAGAGGCAUAUCAACUCGUUGGGCAUUAGAGUCGAGAUCCAGGAUACUCGCAACGCAUCAGCACAGUUCAACUUGCUGGCAACCGAACGCGGCGUCACUGAAGUCGCAGCAGCCAUGAUCCCAAUUGGAUGGAGAACUCGAUAG